GUGCCCUUGGGGCUCCGUGUCCUGCUGUCUUUCCGUGCGCUGCCUGGUCUGCGUCUGAGUAACAUGGCGGCGGGGGCGGCGGCGGCAGCCAGGCUGUGGUGGCGCGGGAUCGUGGGGGCCUCGGCGCUGACCAGAGGGGCUGGGCGACCCUCGGGUCUGUUGCUGCCGCUGAGGCGGGAGAGCGCCGGGGCCGACACGCGGCCCACUGUCAGACCACGGAAUGAUGUGGCCCACAAGCAGCUCUCAGCUUUUGGAGAGUAUGUUGCUGAAAUCUUGCCCAAGUAUGUCCAACAAGUUCAGGUGUCCUGCUUCAAUGAGUUAGAGGUCUGUAUCCAUCCUGAUGGCGUCAUCCCAGUGCUGACUUUCCUCAGGGAUCACACCAAUGCACAGUUCAAAUCCCUGGUUGACUUGACAGCAGUGGACGUCCCAACUCGGCAGAACCGUUUUGAGAUUGUCUACAACCUAUUGUCUCUGCGCUUCAACUCACGGAUCCGUGUGAAGACCUACACAGAUGAGCUGACGCCCAUUGAGUCUGCUGUCUCUGUGUUCAAGGCAGCCAACUGGUAUGAAAGGGAGAUCUGGGACAUGUUUGGAGUCUUCUUUGCUAACCACCCUGAUCUAAGAAGGAUCCUGACAGAUUAUGGCUUCGAGGGACAUCCUUUCCGGAAAGACUUUCCUCUAUCUGGCUAUGUUGAGUUACGUUAUGACGAUGAGGUGAAGCGGGUGGUGGCAGAGCCGGUGGAGUUGGCCCAAGAGUUCCGCAAAUUUGACCUGAACAGCCCCUGGGAGGCUUUCCCAGUCUAUCGCCAACCCCCGGAGAGUCUCAAGCUUGAAGCCGGAAACAAGAAGCCUGAAGCCAAGUAGCUCCAGGGAAGGCAUGUGGAUCCUAGACAGCGCCUUAUCUAUGAUUGAGUGUCCGUGUAAAUAAAUUCCUACUUAGACUUA